UUAUGAGAUAGAUAAUCUGUGGAAAGACCAAUCUUCUCCACUUCCUCUCUGAGCUGCUAUGACUCUAGAGAAAUGGACGAAAAACAACCAAUCAGAGCCAGGAGUCGGGGCUUAGUGCUGUCAAUCAUCCUCAUGUACUCACUGUUAAAUGUGCUAAUGGAAGAGAAACAACUUGCCUUUACAAAAAACUGUUUACUGCUGUUAUUGAUAGCCAUGCUAACUAGACUUAGCAUAACAUUCUGACUGAUUGGUUGGGGGAAGCGCAGUUUUUUUUUUUUUCACAGAUUAUCUGUCUCGUCUAUCACAACAUUUUUUUUAUUUGUAUUUUUUAUAAAAAUGACUUACUGCAGGUUUAAGUGAUUGCUAACUCCCACCUGUAGGUGACAGUACUUCUUCUUUCUUCUCCACUGCUGCCUCAGUCUUACUUGAAUUCUCAUUGUAGUCUGCGACCGAAACGCCAAGUAACAAAAAGUCACAUUUACUAUCACACAUAAAUACAAAUAUUUCUAAACUGUUAUUUUGAUGGCAAAAAAAUACAAAACCAAAAUCCUGGAGGGCCUGAUGAAUGUGAAAAAAUGUUCAAAACUCCCUUUUGGUUUUCUCCAGCUUCAUGCUUCAUGAUUGUAAUUUUGCCCUGAAAGCUUGAUGGAGUUUACCGCUGAAGUGAUGUUCGCCACUUCUCUGCUAGCACAUUUCUCCCAAGUUUCUUUGUCAGAAACAUAAAUCAGGAAAUCUGUCUCGUACAGAUUUGUGUUUCCCUUCGUCCAUUCUUCAGAUAAAGUUUUGUUUCUCAAAAUUAGGGUCAUGGCAUGAAAAAGAAAAAAGAUAACGCUCUUCCAAGUGUAGCUAUUUCUACAUUAAGAUGUACUAAAAAUGUUCAAACAUUUUAACAACCCAUUCAACAGCAAUAACUCUCGGUAGAUUUUUACUAUCUAAUUUUAUCAGCUUUAGAGCUUUGCUUUUCUUUCUUGAGGUUUUAAACUGCAAGAAAUCCCAUGUCAUCACACCUCCAGCACCAUGCUUUGAUUCUCAAGAGAAUACACAAGACAAGUUGACAGAGAAACUUAUCUUGUUUCUGUCUUGCAGAUGGCAAAAAUUGGUUGAUUUUCAGUUUGAUUGACCCUUAUUAGAGACUGGAUGAUUGCAGACUUGCUCUUUUUGGUCCUGCCUGUUGGAAAAGCUAAUAUGUUAAUAUUUCAAGUGAACAGUUUUGUCUUUGCUUCAUAAUAUUGUUGCAUCUCUGUUUUACUGUGAUCUUGUUGUCAUGAUCAUGAUGCCAUCUCCUUCGUCUUGUUUCCUUUAGCUGCACUGAACAAUUCAAACAACAGAUCUCUAUUGACAGCAUUCACAAUUUGGUAGUAGAUAAAUCCAAAACCUCUUACGUACAACAACUGCAGGCCUUCUCGAGACAUUUUUUCUGGUAGUGCAAAAUGGAAAUGUAAACACUUCACAUACACUUCAUUAUAAUUAAAUUCAAAACCUGCUCUGGCAAACAUUAUUGUGAUUAAGCAAAAGAAAGCGACCCCAUUGAGGGAUUUAGGAUUUGAUAAAGCCAAGUAUUGCGUCGUACAAAUAGGUUGAGUUUUCUCCCACAGGAACAGAUCAUUACAUGGCACUUGUAGAUUCUGUUUGUCAUGUUUUAAUUCUAAAAAAUGUUUUUAUGUGGAAUAACAAAACAACACAGCAGUCAUUACUCAAAGUUUAUGAUUCUGGUGUCAAAAAUCACUACAAAUUGUGAGGAAACAUUAAAUUCUAAUAACAUUCACACAUCAUUUUGCAUAAAUUAGGUUAAUAAGGUUGAUUUGUUUACAGAGUUAAAUUGUACAAGUUUUGUAAUAAACUAUGUUUCAUGGUAAAGCUUUUAUUUCCAAAGAUAAAAAUAAAUAAACCCUGUAUUAGCAGGUAGCUAGUUUUCUGCUAGCUUAGUCGUGCUUCUGUUUCAAAGUGAUUUGAAAUGUUUGUUAGCUGUGGAAUGGUGAUGAAAGCACAAGGUAUUAGCCUAGCCUAGCUUAUGCUAUCAUUAGCUAGGCUAGGCUAACUAGUAUUAGCCUAGCCACUGUAUUCCGAGGUGGAGUUUUAGAUCAUUGUUGUGUUAUAACCUAAGCUAGAUUGAGCUAAAGGACACAACCUGACAGCCUAUAGGCUAUGAUUAUUUGUUAACUCUGAUCCAUCAUUAGCUUACAGCAAAAAGUUAAUAUCAGUAUCUUUGUAUUUACUUUAUUGGAUUUUCUGAAACAAUUGUGAUAAAAAAUUUAAAACCCAAGUAAAUUAAGGGAGUGAAUAGCCCUCAGUAGCCAAACCAGCAUGACUGACUCAUUUUACCAUUCUUUAGGGAGGUACUGUGAUUUUCCUUAAAGUAACUCCUCCUAUACUGAUUCGCUAUUUGAAGAUCCAAGACUUUUUUUUUUAACUCUCCCUAAAUCUAUCUCUACUUCACUCUUGUGACCAGGAAAGAAACCUAAACCUGAAAGUUUCUUGUAGUCCUGCAUCACAUGAACAGCACAAUGACCAGACACUCACAUUCAGCAGUUUUCUGCCAACACCCGUUUCCCCAGCUAGACUUGCCUGGUGAGUUUGGCCCCACCCAUCUCUUCUUUUUGCUUUCUCUCACCUGAGACUCAACAUUUUCCUCCUGAGAAUCUGGGUUGCGCACAAUCUUCCAGAAUUUCUGGAUUAAUCUUGAGGACUCAGCUAAACAUCUCUGGACUUUCUUUGUAUUUGGCUGAAUCACAAUGAGUGGGAAACUGUGGACGGAGGAGCAGUUCAACUGCCCCGUGUGUCUUGAUCUCCCCAAUGAUCCAGUCACCAUACCCUGCGGACACAGCUACUGUAUGGCCUGCAUCAGAGACUUCUGGAGCAAGGAUGACCCCAAAGGGAUUUACAGCUGCCCCCAGUGCCGCCAGACCUUCUGCCCCAAGCCGCCCUUGUCCAGAAACACCAUGCUGGCCGAGGCUGUGGAGCAGCUCCGCAAAGGGGCCCUCAAAUCAGAAGUUCGAGACUCCAUCCGAAGCGCUCGCGGGUUAUCCUCUAGAUCCAAGUCCAAGCUGUCCACCGGAGCUGUUCUGUGCGACAUGUGCAAAGGGGAGCAGCGUGCCGCCGUGAAAAGCUGCCUGGCGUGCAUGAGCUCCUUCUGCGAGUCCCACCUGAAGCCUCACCAGACCAAGAAGUCUCUUAAGCAGCAUGAGCUCAUCCCGCCAACCAGCAAUCUGGCGGAGAAGAUCUGCACCCAGCACAAGUACCUGCAGGAGUUCUUCUGUCGCCAGUGCAAGAUGUUUGUUUGCUGGCUGUGCACCAGCAAUCAGCACAAAGACCACGAGUGUGUGUCUACCAAGGCUGAGCGACUGGAGCGACAGAAGCUGCUUUCAGACAUCCAAGCAGACAACCAGCUGAAGCUGAAACACAGGGAGCAGGAGCUGAAGGAUUUGAAGAAGAUGAUGGAAGGAGUGAAGCGUUCUGCAGACAAGGUGCACGAUGAGACAGAGAACAUUCUGGGCGAGCUGCUGCGCUCCGUGGAGCGUCUGCAGGACGUGGUGGAGGAGAUACUGGACCAGUCCAGCCUGGAGAAGAUGAACCAGGCCCAGGAGGUCGCCGACAACCUGGAGGCCGAGAUCAGGGAGCGGAGGAAGAGGGACACGGAAAUGAAGGACCUGGCGGACUGUGUAGACAACAUCUACUACCUCCAGACUUGCGACACCAUGAGCAGUCCCCUUGACUGCGGCGACCUGCCCGCCGUGCACGUCAAUCACAAUGCGACCUUUGAACCCGUUCUAGAAGUAGUGCUGGCCCUCAGGGACCGAGUGGAGGAUCUGUGCAAUCAGGAGCUGGGGAAGAUCAACAAGCAAGUCAAUGAAACCAAACUGUUCACUUUGGGAAACUCCAGCCGUUUGGGAGGGAAAAACGUUUUUCGUGAUUUGUUUUCCGGUCUGAGUAAAAGCAACAACAACCGUACCCCGACUUCAAGCAUUUCACUGGAUGUCCGAAGUGCAGACCGACAAGGACUAGCAGCACUCAGAGGUCCCAACGUAAGGAGCAGGGACGCACCUCGAGACAGAGGAAACACAAACUCGCCCAGACGAAGACGAGAGGAGAGAGAGAGAGAGGAGCGGGAGUCUAAUCCCAGCCCCACACCCAGCCGCAGAGGGGGCCAGUCUCUCUGGAGCAGGUCUAGUCAAAACCCGGUCGCCCCUCCUGCAGCUACGACUCCUACUCCAAUCCCAGCCACUCCCAUUCCCACUCCAGCUCCAGCUCCAGCUUCAUCCACUGCGUUCAGCAGGAUGGCGUCGAUCAGCAGUCUGUUUCGCUCACACCGACGAGGCGCCAACCAGGCCACACCGGUUAAUAACACCGCAGCUGCAGGAGGAAACCUGGGCGGGAUGGCGGAUCUGUUAGAAACACCAACAGAGAUUAACCCAGGUCUGUUCUUGGACACGCCUCUACCUAACGCCAUGACUCAAGCUCCAGCUUUUCCUGCAUUGAGAGAAAUCAACCUUGACAGCAUCCAGGCACCAGAACCAAGAUCCAGAGAGGAGUUUCUCCAGUAUUCUGUGAUCCUGACCCUUGACCCUAACACAGCUCACAAGCGCCUGGUACUCUCCGAAGGCAACACCAAGGCUACCCUGCAGGGUCCGACGCAGCCGUACGCCGACACACCCCAGCGCUUCGACGGCUGGACCCAGGUGAUGUGCCAGAGCCCGCUGCAGGCCCAGCGCUGCUACUGGGAGGUGGAGUGGAGGGGGCGUGGCUCCUCAGUGGGCGUGGCCUACGCCUCGCUGAGCAGGAAGGGCAACGACGCCCGGUCUGGCCUCGGCUACAACGCCCAGUCCUGGACGCUGGAGCUGUCCGACACCUGCUGCUCGGCGAUGCACGCCAACGAGAAGAGGGACAUCCCCGUCACCUACUCGCCCCGCCUGGGCGUCUACGCCGAUCUGUCGGCGGGGAUGCUGGCAUUCUACAGCGUGGCGGAUAACAUGAUGCACCUCCACAGCUUCAGGGCUAACUUCACCCAGCCGAUUUAUGCGACGUUCGGAGUGGGGAGCGGGGUCGGGGUGGGUCUGGACUUCGCCCUGGGGCAGUUCUCAUCCAGCUGUGACAGCAUUAAGAUCUGUCCACUGUGAGGCGGCGGGUCGGAGCGCUGAACGAUUAAACCGAGGUAAAGCUAUCGAGAGUCUGGUUGUAAGGAUUCAAAUCCCCAUCCCCUUCAUUUUUUUCUUUCAAAUUUAAUGUAUGGAUCAACACAAAUUGGUGCAAAAUUUAAAAGUUUAACUCAAAUUUUACCAAUAAAAAUCUAAAAAGAG